AACUAAAUCAAAGAUAACGGUUCAACAACACAUUGGUCAUUCAGAUUUUUUGUUGCUUUCCCAACUCAGAUAGUUGAUACUGCAUAAGAAGCAAUGGCAGGUGCAAUGACAGAUGAUCAGAUAGCUGAAUUCCGAGAAGCCUUCUGCCUCAUUGACAAGGAUUGUGAUGGAUUCAUUAGCGUGGACGAAUUGACAGCCGUUUUCCGAUCAAUAGUAGGGAACCCAACAAAAGAAGAAAUCGAAGACAUGAUCAGUGAAGUGGACCUUGAUGGGAAUGGAAGUAUAGAUUUUGAGGAGUUCUUGAAUAUCAUGAGUAGAAAGCUGAAGGAAACUUUAUCUGAAGAGCUGAAAGAAGCCUUCAAAGUGUUUGAUAGAGAUCAAGACGGAUACAUAUCCGCCAUUGAGCUAAGGCAUGUGAUGAUGAAUAUGGGAGAGAGGCUGACAGACGAAGAGGCAGAACAAAUGAUUAGAGAGGCAGAUUUGGAUGGGGAUGGGCAAGUUAACUUUGAUGAAUUUGCAAGGAUUAUGAUGCUCAAAUGAUUUAAUUUGUAAAAACUUAUUUAUUUAUUUCUUUGUACAAUGGGAAAUGUUGUAAAAGAAUUAUGUUUUAUACAGUUUUACAUUAAUUUAAAAGAGGUACAAA